AGGAACUGCUAGUUUGCGACUUUAGAAAAUUCAAACGCGACUUGGCGAGAACAAACAUGUCACUGAGAGAUGUCGCGACACUCUGUUGUCUCCUUGGGUUGCUAGUGUCGCUAUCGCUUGAAACUAGAGCAGAAAGUUGUCUGGCCGCUUGCAAUGACAUAACUGACCAUGAGAUGACCGAAAAUGGCUGUUCGUGUAACAAAGUUGAGAUACGUGAACGAGGGUUUGAAAUGGGGUGUGACAAAGAUCUGAUGACCAUCUCUCCUCGCCACGUUGACAGUUCCGAAAGCAAGUUCAAGGUGACAAACUGUUCGCGGAGGAGUACCAACGACGAUUGGUGUACACUACCAGACCCUCUACUAGAGAAUAGGAGUACUAGGUCACUUAAGGCUAGAGUAGACUCUCUGGAGUUUUGGAUUGUGCCCUCAAGCAGCCAGUGUUCGUGCAACUAUUCUAACGUUUAUUUUGAUGUGAAUCACAGUAAGGUUGAAAAUAGUUCAGCUACAACGCUAAAGUGCAAAAAAGUCAAUUCAACUAGAGUAUGUCGGAAUGGAGUAGAAAACAGCAACAAAUUUGUGAAUACGUGCCACAGCAUGUCAGAGACAUUCACUGUGAACUUCAGUGCCAUUAGAGGAGAAACGGGAUGGUACAAAUGUCAAAGUAAAGGGAACAAAACUCUAAGAGAAAUACUUCUUUAUGUAAAAAGCAACUGUAAUAAAUGGGAUCCAGGACCAGACAGCAACAAUCCUGACGUUCUAACAACGUCGAGUAUUCCAUCCUCGUCUGCCGCUUCAACAAGUACGAGUAUUCCGUCGUCACUUGUUUCUUCAACAAGGACGAGUACUUCGUCGUCACUUGUUUCUUCAACAAGGACGAGUACUUCGUCGUCGUCUGAAGUUUCAAUAAGUACGAAUAUUCCGACGUCGUCUGCUACUCUAUCAAACGAAUCUUUCGGCAUGCUCAAGAUGUCGAUAUCAAUAUGCGCAACGGCUAUACCUGCAGGAUUUCUCAUUCUCAUCGCAGUCCUCGUUGUGCUGAGAAGACGCAGGAAACGUGCACGGUACCGCAAACAGCCCGGUGUUCUGCACAACAUUUGGAAACCAGCUCCGUUUCACAAAUCCCCGCCGAGCGAUUCGCACGAUACCGAAAACGAUCGAGUCACGGAAGAAGAUGCUUCCUACGUUUAUCGCCAAGUCGUUGAAAAAAGAGACAUUUUAAUCGAAUCGGAGUACCUCGAGCAGGAGGACUUCCCAUCUUUACCGGACCCAUUGAGUAAACCGAUUGUUAGAUAUGCACUGUUGGAUGAUUUGCCUUCGGAGAAAGAAAGUGAAGACAACAAGACAACAAUGCUGAAUGAAGACGAAUACUAUAUUACAAACGAGAAUGCUAGAAGCAUGGAUGAACAAGAACAAUCAAUUUUAUCUCUGACAGCAGAUGCAAUGUCGGAUCAUUUAUCUAACGACACGGUCCCUACUCCGGACAUCCCUAGUCCAGACCAGAGAUCUAGAUCUGUAGACGAUUCUGGUUAUGAGAUUCCUAUAACCGACGUAGUGCCCAACGUUCCAACGGACGGAAGUUGUGGAGCCUUGACAUUUCCCAGUCUUGACGAUCUCGGAGAUGUUCCUUCAUCUGAAGGCAUAACUCCAAACGAUCGUGAACAUGGAUUAGACUUUCCGCCUCCGCUUACAACCGAGAAUGACGAAGUCGAUCUGCCUUACUGUAGCAAGACUACAGAGCAGUCUCAAGAAGAAACAGUUAUGGUUACUUCCAUGGAAGGCUCCGUUACCAUGAACGAUCCAUUAAUCUCUGCAGCCUCUUCAUCCGAUGAUUCUACGUCUACAGACAGCAUCAGUAUGCACGAGAUGAACGAGCUCCAACACUUGAUUUUGGCCAAAACUGAUUCCGUGAAGUACGCCAAAAUUAACGAACAACAGACUCUACCACUUCCUCCUCCUCCGAUUCUUACCGAACUGACACACAACAUCGAGAGCGUCAAUAACACAGACGAGCAGCACAAUGCCAUAACGGCUUACGCCGCUAUUAGUAAUACCAACGGGGAGGCCACGACCUCUCUACCUCCAUCUGUUCUCUCUCCAUCAGGAGUAACUUACGCCAGAAUCAGAGAUCCCGAAUAUGCCGACCUCUUUCUUCCACCUCUAUCAAACCUAGAGAUAAUCCCGGGCGAACUCGACACACCCGGAUACGAAAAAAUAAUCGAAUUUCUACCCGGCGGAACACCGUCCGAACUCGACAUCAACUUGAGUAGUGACCGCCUUGGAUACGAGCAAAUUCGAGAGACGACGACGUCGGACGACGAGGAUUAUUCCUACGUCGACGCCAAACUGUUGGCAAUUCGAAUACGCGGCCACAAUACCGACGACAAACACCAACACUACGACAACAUCCGACCACGGAGACAAGACCUCGACAACAAACAAAAUGACGACGACGACGACGACGACAAGACGGAAGAAACAAGCGCAAGCAGGAUGACUGAGAAACCGGCCGACAAACCAUUCCCUCAGUCAGACGACGCCGAGCUUUUGCAACAGACACCAAUCACACACAAUUACUCAACCGAUUCAGAAGGAGAGUCUGAAGAAGAACCCGAAAAAGAAUCGGAUGAAGAGCCCGUCUAUUUGGACCUCAUCGGCAACCAACCGACGGAAAGCCAAUUUCUUUAGCUACGUUUAUUAGUGUUUCUGUAAUUCAGGAAUAGAUGGUGCAUGCAUGCGCGAGAGUGUACGAAUUUUUGGAAGAAUUAUUCCAGUCGACCUGGAGCAAUGGCCUGGAGCAAUGACAUAUUCAUUGAUGAGUUUUAUGCACGGUGUAGUGUGUUGAUUUAUGUAUGAACGAUUUCAAGAGGUAUCAUGAUGUCUAGUUGUCUCAUUAGUUGAUUACAAAUCUGCA